ACCUCUCAACCAAAUCGAAGAAUAAGGAACUCAGUUGUGAUGCGUGUCGUUGUAUUUGGAGCUUCCGGCGUUCAGGGCCGCCAUCAAGUCCACGUCCUCGCGCAAGCAGACCAUUCCGUGGUUGCGGUCAGUCGCAACCCUCAACCACUACAGAUUGACAGAAAGCCUGUCGAAACGUUUGCUGCAGAUUUUUCCAACAAAGCUGCACUUGAAAAGGCACUCCAAGGCGCAGACCGAGUGUUCCUCAACCUGCCAUCAACUUCUUUCAACAAGUCCGAACCCAUCAUCGCCGCUGCACGAGACAUUGGCGAAGCUGCGAAGAAAGCCAAGGUUCCCCUGAUACUUUUCAAUACCAGCAUGCCGGUUCCCAAGCAGCCGCAAGAUAUCCAAGCACAGGAUGAUCGAAGAGUAAUGAGAUCCUUGUUACGGGAGCAUGUCCCGGUAAUCAGCAUUGAGCCCGUGGUUUACCUUGACAAUCUUCUUGAAGGCUGGGCUUUGCCUCCAAUCCGCGACCGACAGACCGUCGUCUACUGCCACAAGCCAGACCUUCGCGUAUCAUGGAUCUGCCACCACGAUGUUGCGCAAAUCAUGAUGGCUGCCAUGCAUAGACCAGAACUUGCGGGACGCGACAUUCCUAUUGGAGGACCUGAAACGGUUGUACUUUCUCAGCUUACUGAGAAACUAUCGAGAGCCUGGGGUAAAGAGCUGAGCUACGAAAACCAGACUGUGUCGGAUUUUUGUGACAAGAUUAGCAAGACGAUGCAGGGAAGAGGGCUGGGAACGGAGACGGUUGUGAGCCAGAUGUUCAAGGCUUAUACAUACUACAAUGAGGCAGAAGAUGAGCCGUUCAACAUCGACAUGAAGCCUAUCAUUAGUGAACUGGGUGUUAAGCUUACGCCGAUUGAAGAGUGGGCUGAGAGAAGAAGUCCUUGGAAUGACAAAGGUUACUACUAGAGAUCGAGUUGAACCAGAAAUUGGAAUGGAUUGUCAUGAAUCACUCUGACGUCACAGCUGGAAUAUAUUAUGACUUUGAGCUCAUCGCUAUACCUUAAGCGAGGGAUAAGUUGCAUCACAGGAUGAUAUCGUAUAAUAGAUGUGGACGUCCGAUAGUUGCAUACCCAGCAUUGAAGAAUCGUGAAAAUUGACUUGCAAACUAUUGUAGGUUACUUCUGAGUAUUAUUGUAGCUAACGUGCGGGAUCAGUAAGCUGGAAAGAUCAGUAAGCUGAACGCCCCACCCAACCUGACGCGACUGUCUGCACAA